UUUUCUCACCUAUUUCUUUUCUUAAGUACUUGAUAACCACUCGAAGAACAAAUUCCUCCUAGUCUACCUCUGUCUUCGCCCUUUCUUCCUUUCUGUAAAGUUUUAAUCUUCCUGAGGAAGCAAAGGAAUUUCUAUUUGCAUCAAUUCUGACUCCUAGCAGUGAAAAUUUUAGUAUCUUUUCCAAGUCUAGAAAGAAGAGAGGAAAACAGGGCAGCAACCAGGGGGGAAGAGGGGGAUGGGAGGGGUUACAUCUUCAAUGGCGGCAAAGUUUGCCUUUUUUCCGCCAAACCCACCUUCGUAUAAGCUGGUUAGGGACGAGCUUACUGGUCUUUUGCUGCUUAGUCCGUUCCCUCAUAGAGAAAACGUUGAGGUACUGAAGUUGCGCACGCGACGGGGGACAGAGAUUGUGGCUGUUUACAUCCGGCAUCCCAUGGCCACCUCCACUAUACUUUACUCGCAUGGGAACGCGGCCGAUCUGGGUCAGAUGUAUGAGCUCUUCAUCGAAUUGAGUAUCCACUUGCGCGUCAAUCUCAUGGGGUAUGACUACUCAGGAUAUGGGCAAUCAUCUGGAAAGCCAAGCGAGCAGAAUACAUAUGCUGACAUUGAAGCUGCGUAUAAAUGUCUUGAAGAAAGUUAUGGCACAAAACAGGAAGAUAUCAUACUUUAUGGCCAGUCUGUUGGAAGUGGCCCGACUUUGGAUCUAGCUCCUAGGCUGCCUGUGUUAAGAGCUGUCGUGCUGCAUAGUCCUAUACUCUCUGGCUUAAGAGUCAUGUAUCCUGUAAAACGAACAUAUUGGUUUGACAUAUAUAAGAAUAUUGAUAAAAUUCCACAGGUCAAUUGUCCAGUUCUUAUCAUUCACGGAACAUCAGAUGAAGUUGUUGAUUGGUCUCAUGGGAAGCAACUCUGGGAACUGUGUAAAGAGAAGUAUGAACCGCUAUGGCUAAAAGGAGGGAACCACUGUGAUCUAGAGCAUUAUCCUGAGUUUAUCAGGCAUCUGAAGAAGUUCAUUUCAACCGUGGAGAAAUCUCCUUCUCAGAGGUACAAGUCCAGAAGAAGCACAGACCAGUUUGAGCAGUCUCGAAAAAGUACAGACAUUUUCGAGGUUUCAAGGAAGAGCACUGAUCGAAGAGAGAAACCUAGGAAGAGCACUGACAGGCCUGAAAAGCUGAAAAACCAGUCCAACAACAUGGAUAAGCUAGAAAAAUUGAGAAUCUCAUUUGAUCAACUAGAAAGAUCUCGAAGGAGUGUAGAUUGCCAUGAGAAGUCCCGGAAAAGCAUCGACCACCAGCUGGAAAGAGGACGGAAAAGUGUUGACCGGUUAGAUAGAAUACGAACUGGGUAACAUUCCUUAGAAACAAAAUGUAAAAUUAUUCAACUGUUUGGUGUUGGUGGGAUUAAUUUGUUCUUUUCUUUUCUUUUCUUUCUUUUAAAUUUAUGAUGAUGUUGGGGCUGUGUAGUUACCUUGUCCUUUCUUUUACCUUAUCGUAAUGGAAACAGUUU